UUUAAUAAGAGACAGAGGUGAUGUGAUGGCAGCGCUUUCAGGCAGGACAGAUCUGAGAAGACUGUCUGCUGCACACUAAACCAACUGGAUGCAACACGUUGGAGUCCUUCGACAGAAUGGAUUUUUCCAAUUACACUGAAGGGGUGUUUGCCACAACCAGCAGUGGUAAUGACUCCCUGGAGGCCACUAAACCCCCUUCUAGUAAGAUCCUGCUAACGCUUACCCUGUCUGUAGUGGCCGUCCUGACUACAUUCUUCAACUGCCUGGUGAUCACAGCUAUCGCAGUCACACGCAAGUUGCACCACCCGGCCAACUACCUCAUCUGCUCAUUAGCAGCGACCGACCUGCUGGUGGCUGUGCUGGUCAUGCCCUUCGGUAUUAUGUACAUCCAGAAAGAGACCUGGGGCAUGGGCCAGGUGGUGUGUACCAUCUGGUUAAGUGUGGAUAUCACUUGUUGCACAUGCUCCAUCCUGCACCUUGCUGCCAUCGCCAUCGACCGUUACAGGGCCAUUACAGAUGCAGUGGAGUAUUCACGCAAACGCACGGGGGCCAGGGCUGGGGCGAUGGUGGCAUUGGUGUGGUUCCUGUCCAUCCUCAUCUCGGUUCCUCCUCUAAUCUGGCGGCACUACAGCGGGGAUGCCGAGCAGGUAGACCAGUGCAUCAUGAUGCACCAUCACAUGGCUUUCACCUUAUACUCUACCCUUGGAGCGUUCUACAUCCCUCUGAUGCUCAUACUCAUCCUCUACUACAAGAUAUACCGUGCCGCUCAGACCCUGUAUAUGCGCAGGGAGGCCAGCCGGGCCAGCCGCUAUUCAAGUGUGACCAAUGGGAGCAUGAUCCCCUCGUCCUACCCUGCUGGAGAUGGCAACGAGGAUAGGGGAGCCCAAAGUCCGGAGCCCAUAAGCCCUCCAGAAAAGUCUUUCUCUGAACCCUCAACUGAGGAGCCUCCACGUGAACGGGUGCGUAAAUCUAAGGCUUUCCAGGGCAAGUCGCGCCGGCAUGAGUCACGUAGUGAGUCACACAGUGAGUCACGUCGGAGCCAGUUUUACCAAGGUCCACGGAUCUCAGGCUCACGGGAGCGCAAAGCAGCAUCAACGUUGGGGUUGAUAAUAGGGGCAUUCGUCAUCUGUUGGCUGCCAUUUUUUGUCAAGGAGGUGAUUGUCAAUACCUGCAGUGAGUGCAGUACUUCGAUGGAGAUGGCUGACUUCCUUACGUGGUUGGGCUACGUUAACUCGCUAAUUAAUCCCCUCAUCUACACUAUCUUUAAUGAAGACUUCAAAAAAGCUUUCCAAAGACUUGUUAGGUGCAGUCAUUACCUCUGAUGGUAACAAUUGCACAUGAUUACACCCAUACACCCCAACACAUGCCCAUGAAACAAACUAUGGAGAUCGGAGAGAACUGACCAAAUACUGACUGAAUUUACCUGACAGACACUAAGGAUGACCUCCAUUUCCAGAACACCUGCCAUGCGCUCCAACAGCCAGAAUGGCACCAGCUCAGCCAUGAGCUUGCAGCAAAGUUCCAUAUUGAAGUCCAAGUCCUGCUAUUAAUGGAAAUGCUUUCAUUGAUCUUAAUUGUUGUGAUGGAAAGGACAGUAACAUGUUGAUUUUUUGAAAAUGGGCAAUUGCCGACCUUUUUGAGGGCUGGGUUCUGAUCAUUAGUGAUCAGCCCCAUUAACAGGCCUUGAGAUAGUUGGCCAUUACUGCUUUUUCAUCUAAUGACCUCCCUUGUAUCUCGUCCAAGCUGCCGGCUAACAUGUGUAAAAUACCACAGCAUACCAAUUUGUGAUUUCAUGUGGCCAUGGCGUUUCAGAGGGUGACCUUUAUCCGAUUGACUGUCGCAAUGAUUAUUAACAUUGUUGUGAUAUGUACUCAGAAAACUCUCUCAACAAAUAUAAGUUAUACAUUUGUAGAUUUUUGAAGUUUAUGUCUGUUAUUGGCAAAUGAUACCAGCUUGAUUCACUAGGCCAUCUGAUAGCAAAGGGUUAUCAGCUGGCUUUCAUAGAUUUCAGAAUGCUGAACUAAACAAACCAUGUUUUAAAGGUUUAGGGUGAACAGCUAAGAAUGGCCUUAAUGUGAAUAAACUGUUAUAUGAUCCUGGACCAAAUGAUAGUAUUAUAAGCACUUUCUGAAUUAUACAACAAAGAAUAUUUGGGGACCAAAAUAAAAAUGAGCUUUCUUCAACUUUCACAACAAAAUGUUUUUCUGAGAUGGUUUAAGGUAUU